AUGCCACGACCACCUACGAAACGGAAUCGCCUGGCAUCCAAGGCUCCCUCUGCGCCCACCAAGAAUAUUGCACACUCACAAGUGAGUAGUACGAGUCGCGAGCAAGUCGACUCAGCAGAUGCUUUCAGGCCACCCUCAAGGGAAAGGCCGGAGGCGGACAACGCUUCACAGCCAGGAGAAAAUGCUUCGGUGUCAGGUAUUAGGCGCCAAUUAAAGAGCCAAACACCCAUUGGCAAGGCGCAUGCGCAGGCAAUCGAUUCAUCACCUAUGGGAGAACGCAUAGCUACAGGAAGUCGACCACCCACGAGAGCUCGUGGUUACUCAUCAACUCUCUCUCUUGUAGGGAGAAAGGGUGAUAUGAGCUCUAAGAUCCCUGGAACUCCGGCCUUUGAGAGCUCGAUACUGAGCAAUUUCAGAAGAAGACCCCGGCAGCCCAGCAUUCUUCAGAUGAUGCAAGCAGAGGAUGGAUCCUCUGAUCUCGACGACGAUGAUUUUCUUGGCGGGUUGAGCCCAGAAGACGAGUCUACGCCGCUGAAUCUUUCCAGGGGGAAAUCAAUUUUAACCAGACAUCCUCCUUCAUCCCCCUCGGAGUCUUCAUUACCAUCAAGUGGUGGGUCGCGUAAGCGGAGACGAGCUAUAGAAGAACUACAAGUACCCAAUUCACUUUUGGAAGCUGUGGAGAACACCCCAGCUAGCUCACCAGUUCCGGAGGGCCGUGGGGGCGAUGUAGCCGAUUCUACAGACCUGCCUCUGCCGUUAGAAUCACCAGAAGUCUGCAGUCAAACAAUGGCACCGCCCAUGAGCAGUAGCAUGCCACCAAGCCCCGCGCAUACCGUGUCAGCGCUCAAUCGAGACAACCCACCAUCUGCUACCACAGAACUUUUGAGAAGACCUGCCAAGGAUGCGCCUGAUGAUGUGAUUCAGUUUUCCACGGCAAUUCUUCAAGAUAAAUUGCUUCCGCGGCGGCGCCAACGGCAACGCAAACACCGAGAUGCAGUAGGAACUGAUGUACCCAAGGAAAGCGAGCGUGAUUACCCUUCAUCCGAGCAAGACGAUGAUGAAUUAAGCUACUUGCCCGCCGGGAAACCGGCUCAAUCACGGCGAAAACAGACGGCCAAGUCAAAGUCAUCCAAUGCUCGAGUCAAAUCAAAGCCAGCGGGAGAACAAAGGCAGAAGAAAGGCCGAACAAAAAAUGACCACAGUGCCAGAACAGACGACGGCAACAGGAGACCAAUACCGAUUGCGAGACCGUUGAAGCAAACAUAUACUCGUCCUCAACCGGAUGUUUCUAUUGACAAAGCAAACCAGCCUGUCGACUUGUCCUCGCCUUUAUCAUCACCUCUUGAUUCUGAUGCAUUCGAAUCUGAUGCAUCUCUGUCAGACUCGGGGCCUGCGACAAACUUCCUCAGUGAAGAGUUGAAGUCACAGGCGAUGAAGUUUGCCGAGGUUGACAAAUGGCAAAUGGAAUUUGAAGAUGUAAUUACGUCUGGCAGUCAAGGCAGUUCGUGCAGAUAA